UGGGUCACUGCGUCGCUUCCAACUUGUACUUCAUUUGGAUUUUUGUAGAGGUGCCUUUCUCUAAACUUGCAACAUAGCAUAGUAGUUAGUAUCUACUCUAAAGUAGGUGUUUUCAUUCAAGAAAGCUGGCGGGUGUGCAAAUGUGCUGAACUAUAAUCGUAGCAUUGUUAAAACAGUUCAAUAUUAUCUAAAACAGUGUUAAAACUUCAUACAACAGUUAAUGAAAUAGUCAAGAACCGUGGGCGCGGCGAGUGGCUCGACGACUGCAGCAUGGACGACGACCAGCAGUUCUGCUUGCGCUGGAACAACCAUCAGUCCACGCUGGUGUCGGUGUUCGACACACUCCUAGAGAAAGGCAUUCACGUGGACUGUACCCUCGCGGCCGAGGGCCAGACGCUAAAGGCGCACAAAGUCGUCCUGUCAGCGUGCAGUCCCUAUUUCGAGAAUGUACUAUCACAGCAAUAUGACAAGCAUCCAAUAAUCAUCUUAAAAGAUGUGAAAUAUGCAGAGUUAAGAGCCAUGAUGGACUAUAUGUACCGAGGAGAGGUGAACAUCUCGCAGGACCAGCUGGCCGCCUUACUCAAGGCUGCAGAGUCCCUGCAAAUCAAGGGCCUCUCUGAUAACAAGCCGUCCCGGCCACCGUCGCGCCCUGCACAGGCUGCUCCAGCACACCCGCCUCGUGCUCCAUCGCCACCACCACAGGUCCGAGACGGUAGCAUAGACAGUCGCGAAGGGUCCAUAAGCCCGACCCGCCGCCGGAAGAAAGCGCGCCGCAUGUCCGUGGAAGUCCCCGCGCCUGUACCACAGCCCGCAGAAGUCCAUGGAAAUGGGGAGGAGCCCCCUUGCAAGGAGGAGAACGCAAGAGAUGGUGUUGAGGAUCUCACGCUAGACGAGGAGGCUGAGGAGCCUCCAGCCGUGGCACAUAACGACGUCGUACGCAAUUUUCAAUGGCAUAUGGAAAGAUCUCAGGAUGAAAUCAUGAAUUCAAGUGACAGUGUUCGAGACUCGCAAGGAGCCGUGCCGGAGGACGUGUCUUUCACUAGGAUCGGGGGCCUGUCGUGGGACCAGUGGUCGGCGCGGCUCGCGCUGCCGCUCGUGGCGUCCAUGCGCGUCAGCGGCCCGCAGCUGCCGCCGGCGCCCGGGGAGCCCAGCUUCACCUGCCCCGACUGCGGCCGCGUCUACAAGCUCAAGUCCUCCCUCCGCAACCAUCAGAAGUGGGAGUGCGGGAAGGAACCACAAUUCCAGUGUCCUUACUGCGUAUAUCGCGCCAAACAGAAGAUGCAUAUCGCGCGCCACAUGGAGCGCAUGCAUCGGGAAGUCCACAUGAAACCCGAGCAGUACAUAAAGCAGGAUAACAUCGACGCUUGCACAUAGCGCGACCGGCAUAGUCACUAUUAAAUACUCCAUAUUUUUAUAAGAAUUUUGAAACUGUAUUGAUGUUAGUGUUACAGUCUUUUUUGAUGUUUUUUGUCACAUUUUGUAUUAAGGACCAAUUUUGAUGUUAAUAUUUACAGUUAUUAUAUCGUGCGAAGUAGAUAUAUGUCAAGACGUGAAAAGAAUCGUAUCAAAAAUCCGAAGUUUUCCUGAUUGUGAUAAAUGUGAUGAAAUCUAUUUGUGAUAGUGGCAUGGGCAGUCACGUUAGAUGUAGACGUCAACUAGGUCACAAAUGGUGCCUAUAAUCGUUACCCACUUAAUGCGACAUCAACGAGUGAUGAAAAUAAGAUACCACAAAUGACAAGUUACUCAUAGUAUUCACACUAGUUGCAGUUUGAUUGCGACAGUGUAAGAAACUGUUGCAUUUACGAGUAUACAAUAAGAUUAAGAUGAAGUGAUUUGUAUAGUUACGCUUUUUACUAUUUUAUGUACAGCAUUUAUUAUGUAAACUUAUCAUUCCUGUACUAGGACGUAAGUUCCGUGAUUUAGGAGCUUUGAUGUUACAUACUCUUUGUUUAAAAUUGUUACCAAUUACAGUUACUAUUAACAGCAUCGCUAACAGAUUUCGUACAAACAAUCGUACAAUUUAGAAUAAAAAUUUCAGUAUCUGACGAUACUGAGGUGUACAACUUGCCACAUUUUGUUAAGUAUUUUGACAACCGUUUGUUUGAGAUGCAUAGAAAUCGUGAUUGAGAUGUGCUACUCGUAUAUUAUAUAAAAUGAUAUUUUAGUUUUAAUUAAAAUGAAGCUAUUACCGCUUAGUAAGCAAGCUCUAGUUCUCUGCCAUAAUGCAUGUUCCAUUAUAUUGUAAUACUCACUUAAGUUAAUUUUUCUAUUAUUUUUAGAUCUCUUUACGUCUAAUGCAUUUAUUUUAUCUUUAGUCUAGGAUUUUUUAUGUUAAAAUUCUUAUAGCCGUGUAUCAGUAGAGUGGACAAUUGACAAAAUUGGUAGUUCCUGGAAUUGUAUGUCUGUUGAUUGAUACGUUCUUGUGAUUUUAUCUAAUUAUAAUUACUCCUUUUGGGGCCAAUCAUGGCUGUUAGGUCAGACCUGCAAUAGCUACAAGUGCCUUAUGAAAAUUGUUGAUUUUAAUCGUUGAAGCGGAAGACACUGCCAUUAAAAUUGCGUUAAUCGUAUCGAUACCUAGUGCACAAUCAAAUUUUCAGAAGUUCAAAUAUUCUUCCACGUAGUUUAAGUAAAUAUUUACACAUUCAUUACCAUUUAGAAAUUAUUAUAAGAUUAGUGCCGGUACCAUGUUACAGAAGCUUAUAAUAAAUUGUGAAAUCAAAAUUUUGUUGAUUUAGUGUUAACAUGGUGCCAUCGUAGGUUAUUUCCGGAGUUACCAUCAUACAAUCAAAAUGUAAAGUUCACAGUACAACCAUACGAAGUCUUGUCAAUAUAAAAAUAAGUGCCUUCAAUCGUUAGUCAUUAGGGUUUAAAACGUUCCAGUUUCUAAACUAGUUCAAAAACAGAAGCGUUAGUUUGACGAUAGUGAUCCUCUUGAAGUAGCUAACUUCUUUGGAAAGCACAGCAUUUCUCAUAACUGUGAUAUGUAAUUUUUGCAGACAAUCAAUACACGGAGAAAACAGCGACUAAAUGUAGCAAAACUAAUGUAUUCCUAAUUAUUCGUAAGAUCAUGAUCCUAGUGAUGUAUUGCCCCUCUUUCACAUGAGCGUUUAUUAAGUACGGGUUAAAACGUGCAGGGAAUUUGCCAUCUGUUAGAAAGAGACGGUUAUAUACAAUUAUGUCACUAACAGAUUGCUGCAUUACUAUGGCUUUUCAACCCUCGCAAGAAAAACGCGUGUGUGAAAUUAGGGCAUUUGCUAAUGAACAAAUCUAGAUACUGCCUAUAGAAUAUUACUAGGUGAUAGAACCAUGUGUAAUCUGUUGAUGAAGUUACAGUGAUUAAAUGCAUUUGAUUGUAUUUGUAUAACCAUUUUGUAUUUUAAUAAAGUUGCUAUACUUGA